AAAUAGCUCCUACCGGUUUCCGUUAUAGUGGGCAGUGAUGAAGCCACUUUUUGGCAGGGUUUAACCAAGAAAGAAAAAAGAGGAACAUGAUUUAAAAAAACAUACUGACAAAAAGAAUCCCGCGAGAAUCCAAACUAGGUUUACCAUGGCUAUAAGGGAACUGAAAGUGUGUCUACUUGGGGACACAGGGGUUGGAAAAUCAAGUAUUGUUUGCCGUUUUGUCCAGGAUCAUUUUGAUCAUAACAUCUGUCCCACAAUAGGCGCAUCCUUUUUGACUAAGACAGUCCCCUGUGGCAAUGAGCUUCACAAGUUUCUAAUUUGGGACACAGCUGGGCAAGAAAGGUUUCAUUCUUUGGCGCCUAUGUACUACAGAGGAUCAGCAGCGGCUGUUAUAGUAUAUGACAUCACUAAACUGGACUCAUUUAUAACAUUAAAGAAAUGGGUAAAAGAGUUAAAGGAGCAUGGCCCAGAAGACAUUGUAGUUGCCAUUGCAGGAAACAAGAGUGAUCUUGGUGACAUCAGAGAGGUUCCUGUAAAAGAAGCUAAAGAAUACGCUGAAUCAAUAGCAGCUAUUUUUGUAGAAACCAGCGCUAGGAAUGCUGUUAAUGUUGAGGAACUCUUUAAAAAAAUCAGCCAGCUGAUCCCACCACUGGAUCCUCAAGAACUAGAAAAUAAUGAAACUUUUAAACUGACAAGACAGCUAGCACCACCUAGCAAACGCUGCUGCUAACAGGAGAAAAACACAUUGGCGCAAUCCAGGAGUCUGACAUAAUUUCAAUCAAACAUACAUCUGAAACAAUCUUUCAGAAACAAUAAUUUGUUUGUCAUAUUCCGGUUUUACGUCACUGUCUGAGAUGAGGUAUCUCUGUCCCUUGAUGUCAAGGUUGUAAUGCUACAGACAGUUGUCAAUUUGAAGCUGACUUUCGUUGCCCCCUAACCAGUGAAUGUUGUGCAAUUUAAGCAGAAAUGUAAUCAGAAUAGCAUGCUAUAGUGCCGUAUGUUUUCAUUACUGUAGAUUAGAAUGUAAAUUUUGCCUGCCUGCACCUACUUAAUCUUUUUCUUUAUCAUUACUUCUAAUUGUUUAUGUACAAUUUUGCCAAUCAGCAUACUUUUUUUUUUACAGCAAAACUAAAGUGUCCUUCAUCGAUGAAGUCAGAAAUAAAUUAAAAGGGGGGUUUUUGGACAAUGGAAGAAUCUGCAGCUGUCAAAUUCUGAUGGUAAUAGCUUUUAAAAUGUAAUUCUAAUUCAAAUAAAAAAAAGGAUUCCAUGUCCAGAAAUGAAGUAAUAGACCAGGAACUUAAGCAGAAGUUUUUUACAAAUGAAAACAAAAAAAUACUUCCCUCACAGAAUAAAGAGACUCUUCUCAGGCUCAUUCCCGUGUAUGUAGACUUAAUUAUGUGAGAUUAAGCUGUGAAAAUGCACCUGUAAUGUAAAUGUAUAAUGUUUGGUGCGAUGCAGUGAAAUAAGAGUGAGCUGGGAGUGGUUCUUUCAUUGCAGGCUGGAUCUACAUAAGAGUCACUAACAAUACCUGCCAAUGUGUUUUGUUUGAAUAGUUAUAGAGAAGUCGGUUCAUUUUCUGAGUUGAAUUUAAACUUCCUGAUUCAAAAUUCCUGACUCAUCUAUGACAUGAAUCAGUACUAAAGUCGUCUUAUCUGUAGAACUGCAAUUAAUGUAGAAAAAGACAUUUUAACAGUGCAUGAUUA